GAUCUACUUUCCUGCAAUUUCUCGGCAGCCAAACGGAUUAAUACAGAAAUUAGGCUUCAGUAGCAGGGUCCUUCUCACCCUAGAAAGUUAAAAUGAUCGGAGUUGGGAAGAUCAAGCAAUACUCGAACGUCCUCGACAGGCCCCUCAGCAAGGGCAAACAGGAGGUCAGCUUAAGUGCAUUUGCAUUUUUGUUCUCAGAGCUUGUUCAAUACAAUCAAACUCAGGUGGAUAACAUUGGUGAAUUAGAACGAAGGCUGGAAGAUGCAGGCUAUGCAGUUGGUGCAAGAGUUCUUGAACUCCUUUGCCAUAGGGAGAAGGGAAACAGAAGAGAAACGCGCUUGUUGGGUAUUUUAUCUUUUGUACACAGUACCGUAUGGAAGGUGCUAUUUGGAAAGGUAGCUGACUCACUUGAGAAAGGCACUGAACACGAGGAUGAAUACAUGAUCAGUGAGAAGGAACUCCUUGUCAACAGGUUUAUUUCAAUUCCAAAAGACAUGGGAACAUUUAAUUGUGGGGCCUUUGUUGCUGGAAUUGUAAGGGGUGUUUUGGAUAGCGCAGGUUUCCCAGCUGUUGUAACAGCCCAUUUUGUACCUAUGGAAGGACAGCAACGACCUCGAACGACCAUUUUAAUAAAAUUUGCAGAAGAGGUGUUACAAAGGGAAGCAAGGUUAGGUUGAUUGUCACGCCAAGAUCAUCUCAUCUAUUGCUUAUCAAUAUCCUCAAACAUAAGGCAGAGAAUGGUGAUUUUGUAGCUGGUUUGUCAUUCGAAUGAGAACACUACUUGCCGAGCCUGUAAGCUUCCAAGCAAAUUUGAAUUCCCCGUAGGUUAAUGACAGUGGUAUACUGAACCAUGACAAACUAUACCUAUAUUGCUACCAUUAACACUCAAUGUAAGGUAUAUGUCAAUAUCACUGUCAGCUGAAACCAAAAACCACCUUGGUUUGUAUUGAAAUUGAAUUUCUUUGACUUAAAGGGAGUGUAACCAAGCUUGAUUUCUUAAAUGAUAGUGGAACUUCUAG